AUGGACAGCGUAUCACGUCGGGCAAGAUUUCGAUUUGGGAAGAUGCUGAAUUCUGCUGUUGCUGUCAUCAACAGUACUACUCUUCGUCGUCGUUCUCAUUUCGCUCGUUCUGCAACAACAAACAGUUAUGGUCCGAUUCCAAUUGAUGGAGACAGUUCAAUCCCGCUCAUGUAUGCUUCACAAAGCUCAACAACGAGCUCUACAAACUCAAUCGUAUCAAUUCCAGGAUUUGGAAACGUUUCGAAUCUGAUUCAAGUCAGAUCUCUCGAGCAAUCAAUGGAAAACGUAUUGAAUUCAAUCACUCUGAGUGAAAUUAACGAGAAAGGAGAGAUCAUUCCGGAGCCGGAACCAGAGAAACAGCCAGUCAAGAAGCAGUCAGUUCUCGACAAGUUCAUUAAAAUCGCAGAGUACAUGUACAUAACAGACAACCGUACUCUAUUGGAUGGAGACGAACUGGAAGUUGCUGGCAUAUCUCAUGUCGUUAGUCUUGGAGACGACUAUCCAUUGGGAGUGUCAGCUACAAAAAAAGAGGGUCUUCUCGUCAUGGUUCCACUCACUUUAUUCCAUGAGACUGAUGUCGAUCCAUCUCAGUCUUUCAAGAAUCUCUCAUCCAAGUUUGACAACGUCAACAUGUUCAUUGAGAACGCUCGCAAACUUUCCCAAAAAGUGGUCAUCUACAGUAAGAACCGUCAAUCGGGAUUUUUCGUGGCGGCUCAGUACAACGUCGACUACUACGCACUCGAACCAGCAAAAGCAGUUCAUCAUCUGAUGAAAUUGGCCGGAGCCGACUGGGUUGAUUUAUCAGAGAAAUGUAUGAAGCGAUUGAAAGAGUGGAGAAAACUCGGAGAACGACGUCGAGAGCACUCGCCGGUCGAUAGAAAGUUGAGCCUCUCUAUCAACAGUGUCUCGAGAUAA